CCACGUGACCACUGGAAUCUGCAGCUUUGUUAUUGUUGGCGGUGUGCAACCUUCGGUUAAAUAGGUUUCCUUCAUUUUUUAGCAUUCUGACAGCUCUUCUACUAACCUCAUCAAUGUCAAUCUUUUGAAUGUAUUCAUGUCCUACGUAUCGCCAUGGCCUCAUCGAACUGCAACAGCAUCCAAAACGAGAAAGAUGGGCUGUUUUCACCUGUGAGUAGCUAUGGCUCUCAUGACCUGCUCAGUGGUGGGAAUCCCCGACUCUCUGGCCUGGUUGGCUCAGAACUCCAGCAGCAGCAAGAGGAGGAGGAGGCACUGCGGAGGAAGCUCAAGUACUUUUUCAUGAGCCCUUGUGACAAAUACCAUGCCAAGGGCCGUAAGCCCUACAAAUUGGGCCUGCAGCUGCUCAAGAUCAUUAUUGUCACUGUGCAGUUAGUCUUGUUUGGCUUGAGCAAUCAGAUGGUGGUGACAUUCAAGGAGGAGAACACGGCAGCCUUCAAACACCUUUUCCUCAAAGACUACCAGGAUUCUUCCACGGCCAUUUACAGACAACGUGAACUUUACAGCCACAUUUAUUAUGCCAUUGAUCAGUAUCUGGCUCUACCCCAGACGGCACUGGGCCGAUAUGCGUAUGUGCGGGGUGAGGGCGUCAAUGGGAGCGCUCUCUCUCUGUGCCAGCGGUACUAUAAGAGGGGCAGCAUAGAGCCUGUCAAUGACACCUUUGACAUCGACCCCCAAGUCUUCACUGAUUGCAUUGGUGUGGACCCUCUACCAGACCCUCCUUCACCUGAUUACAGGGACUACAAGAACUUCACCCUCCACUUCUACAAGCUGAUCAAUGUGACAAUUCAGUUCCAGCUUAAAGCCAUAAACAUCCAGACCAUCAUAAACAAUGAGAUCCCUGACUGCUACACCUUUGCCAUCACGAUCGUCCUGGACAACAAGGCUAGCAGCGGCAGAGUGAAGACCAGUCUUGUCAACCAUGCCUCCAUCAAGGAGUGCAAAGACUCCAAUGUGUGGGGGCACGCGGAGAACUAUCUGAGGGAGUCGUUUGACGUGGUUGUAGCCGUGGCGUGUCUUCUGUCUCUGUCGCUGUGCGGUCGCUCCAUUGUCAGGGGAGUCGUCCUACAAAAUGAGUAUGUCCAGUUCUUCAGACACAGGCUGAAUCACAGUGUGGGCUGGGCAGAUAGGAUGGAGUUCAUUAAUGGCUGGUACAUCCUGCUUAUCGUCAGUGACAUGCUGACCAUCAUUGGCAGUUUCAUCAAGAUCGGCAUCGAGUCCAAGAACCUGUCAUCCUAUGACGUGUGUGGGAUCCUGUUGGGUUCCUCCACUCUGCUAGUGUGGGUCGGAGUCAUUCGCUACCUUAGCUUCUUCCAGAAGUACAAUAUCCUGAUUGUGACAAUGCGGGCUGCCUUCCCCAAUGUAAUCCGAUUCUGCCUCUGUGUAGCUGCCAUUUAUCUUGGUUACUGCUUCUGCGGCUGGAUCGUGCUGGGGCCCUACCAUACCAAGUUCCGCUCUCUGUCCAUGGUGUCCGAGUGCCUGUUCUCUCUGAUCAAUGGAGAUGACAUGUUUGUGACGUUUGCUGAAAUACAUAAGAGCGGCACCCUGGUGUGGUUGUUUAGCCAGGUCUACCUCUACACCUUCAUCUCCCUCUUCAUCUACAUGGUGCUUUCGCUCUUCAUCGCCCUCAUCACGGGAGCCUACGACGCCAUCAUGGCCCAAACCCAAGAGACUAUGCACAUCACUGACCUGCAUGCUUUCAUAGCAGAGUGUCCUGACACACCCUGCUCUGGAAGGUUCCGUGGACCAGAGACAUCAUCCUGUGCAUUCUUCUGCUGCUUUGACUGAUUCGCCCCAACUGGAGCAGGUCAUCAGGAUGAUCUUGCCACUGUCCUCUAUAGGCUGUGACACACUGGUGCAUUUCACUUCACACAGACCGGUCCAAUACAACUCCUGUAGCUCAUACAUUCAUUUGUUUUUGUACUUAUUUAACGUUCCAUUUACAUGCAGUUGUUACACUGAUAAGGCUGGCACAUUUAGGUAGCAAAUUCAUGGCCGCAUGAGAGACGUCUUUUCAGAGAGGACACACAUUUUGCAGAAUGCAUACAGUAUGUGAUUAUAUGUUGCUUAUUAGAAAUUUUUUAUUUUAUUUAUCAUGGUGCAAUAGUUUUUUUAUUUAAUUUAUAUUUUUGAUAAGUCUUUAGUUAUUGCGAGACUCAAUAGCUGAGCGACAGCAAUAUCAUUACAGCAUUACCUCUAUGUAAAGGACCUUGUUGUUAACAUUGUCCUCUGAAUCAUGUCUUAAACCUGCACGCCGUUAUGUACAGUAUAUGCAUGGGCAUCUUUAGUGAAGGCUACUCCACCCCAUGUUUCCUGUUCAUUCUUUGGUCCAUUUCCCUUUGUUCUUCUCCUCUGGGUGAAAUGACUGCAUGGACAAGGAUGAGCCCGGUAGCCAUAGUUACUCAUCAAUAUUUAUGAACCUUUUACUUUGAAGGGGCGGUUGACCCUGGUCUGCACAUCAAUAUAUUAGGAGACGAGGCAUUUGGUGGCUAUUUAAAGUGCACUGUACAGAGGUCAUAUCACUAAGGAAACGCUGUAUUUUAACAUGGCUAAAAUGUUUAGAAAAUAUGUUUAGGAAUUAUGUGAUUGGCUGACUGUUGCACCAGACCGAUAUAGGGACAGUAGUGAUGUGUCAGACAUUGUGGAUUGGUUGACAUUGAAUUCAGUCCACUCAAGGGUAGCUGUUCAUUUUCUUUUCAUUGGUCUGGGCGAAUUCAAUCUGCAAACCAAUGUGGUGCAAAUAAUCACUGAAUUAAAGGGACUAAAUUAUCAUAUUUUAUGUUUUAAGUGAUAGUGUAAUUCCAGUGUAUCACAGCUUUUAGAGGAGUAUUGGCAGCAAAAAAAAAAGCACUUUCAUUGCAGAAGCUUUGUAAAAGGAUCAAAGGGACAGCUUUGUCAAGAUGGUACAACUCAUACAUUUAUAGAUACUAACCAGAACGCAUUGUUUCUUUUUUUCAUGACAUGAUUAGUUAAAAUAAAAGAACUUGGUAUGUUUUUACUACCAAUUAACUUUUAUUGUUUUUACUAAGUCAAUGUAUCUUGCUUGAGAUUGUUUUGAGGGACCAACAUGCAAUAACCUGGAGCAGCAUACUGCUAGUAAGAGAUGUAGUAGGUAAUACUGUAGGAAUACUGUAUUUUGUUAACUGUGUUUCCUUAUGUUACUUAUGUGCUAAUUUUGAGUUCUGUUUUCAUAGUUUUUAUUUUGUUUAUUAAUGUUGUUUGCCUAGACUGAUACUAGUUAUAUAUAAUAUACACACAUGCAUAUGUACAUACAGCUCUGGAAAACAAUUAAGAGACCACUGCAAAAUGAUCAUUUCCUCUGGUUUUACUAUUCAUAGGCAUGUGUUUGAGUAAAAUGAACAGUUUUGUUUCAUUCAAUAAACUACUGACAACGUUUUGGAAGCAACCUGACACUCACUGAAUCCUUCUGUCAGUAAAGCCAAAAUUGAACCACUCUUUUCCUCACUCAAAGCUUUUCUUUUCAAUUCUUUUGUCAUGCUGAAUAGUUUUUUUAAUUUUUUAUUCAAAUUACCUUUGAGGUACUACUUGCACUGUUUUUGCCAUCCAACUGGUCCUAUUGCAUAAGGGAUAGUGAUUACCACAGUAGUGGUUUUUAUACUUUUCCUUGUUAAAUUAGAUUUGGUUCAGGUAAUCACCUAAUCAGUACCUCAUUAAGUAAAAUGAGG